AUAAAAAUCAACGGCCGACCGGUGCCGACGUGACUAACGUUGCAAGGACGCUUUCCCUCCUAUAAUAUUUAUUUAUUUACAGUCUCUCUAUUUAUUAGAUCUCAAACAUAUUUUCAUAUCUUUCUCUCUCUUUCAUUUUUCAUUUUUCUCCGAUCUCGGGUUGGAGUUUCCCUUCAUCAUUUUCUGAGAAAUAAUUUCUAAUGGCCGCUCCACCCGCUAGAGCUCGAGCUGAUUACGAUUACCUCAUCAAACUCCUUUUGAUCGGCGACAGCGGUGUGGGUAAGAGUUGCCUUCUUUUACGUUUCUCAGAUGGCUCCUUUACGACCAGUUUUAUCACAACUAUUGGUAUUGACUUCAAGAUAAGGACCAUAGAGCUUGACAGUAAGCGCAUCAAACUGCAAAUCUGGGAUACUGCUGGUCAGGAGCGAUUCCGAACAAUUACAACUGCUUACUACCGUGGAGCCAUGGGUAUAUUGCUGGUGUAUGAUGUAACUGAUGAGUCAUCUUUUAACAACAUCAGGAACUGGAUAAGAAACAUUGAACAGCAUGCCUCCGACAAUGUCAACAAAAUACUGGUCGGCAACAAGGCUGACAUGGAUGAAAGCAAAAGGGCUGUUCCUACAUCCAAGGGCCAAGCACUUGCUGAUGAAUAUGGCAUUAAAUUCUUUGAAACUAGUGCCAAGACAAAUAUGAAUGUUGAGGAGGUUUUCUUUUCCAUAGCUCGGGAUAUAAAACAAAGGCUUGCCGAAUCUGACUCAAAGGCUGAGCCUCAGACCAUCAGGAUAAAUCAACCGGACCAGGGAGCAGGAUCUUCACAAGGCGCUCAAAAAUCAGCUUGCUGUGGUUCUUAAAAUAUCGAUUAACAGCAAAUGAAGCCAGGAUGAUGGGAAAUACAUCCUUAAAAUGACCAUUUUAGUGGAAGGGCUGAAACUAAUAUCUUUUUUUUAUUAUUAUAACAUUCUUAUUGUAUUUCUCUCUUUACAGCUCUUCUCUUCCAAUAUCUAUUUGUAUUUGGUGGCAGCUCUUAGUAUUUGCAAAAAAAAUUAUCAGUAUAUUUGCUCACCACUUUUUUGACUUAUAUAAAUGAAGGGACAAACCUGCCUUCUAAUGUUCUUGUACAAACUUUUGGAGGGGUUUUUGUGUGGGCAUUUGCAUUUUAAUAUUGU